AUGAUGGAUUUUGACGAAAGGGUCCCCGUCGGAUCGAACAUGUAUUUGCCCAGUUGCACUUAUUACGUGUCUGCGGGGGCAGAUUUCUCCGGUCUUCCCUCGUUUUUAUCCCAGUCCCCGUCCACCCGCCCCAUGACAUACUCCUAUUCCUCUAACCUGCCGCAGGUCCAACCCGUCAGAGAGGUGACGUUCAGGGACUAUGCAGCCAUUGAUGCGUCCGGUAAAUGGCCGCACCGGGGGAACUUGCCCCAGUGCUACCCGAGCGCGGAGGACAUGGUGCACCGGGACUGUCUGUCGGCGCAAACCGCCGUCGUAGGGGACAUGUUUGGUAAAAACAGCCCCGCAGCCGCCGCCGCUGCUUACCACCACCACCACCACCACCACCAUACAAGCGCCGGCUCCGCUGCCACAAAUUUCUACGGGAACGUGGGCAGAAAUGGCGUGCUGCCACAGGCUUUCGACCAGUUUUACGAGACGGCGUACGGGAACGCGUCGGAGAGCUCUUCCGCGAAUGGCUACUCAGGGGACAAAACAGCGACCAAGCCGCCUAGCUCUGCGCCGGAGGACGCACCGUCUUGCCGGGACACCGAGGCGAAGGAGCAGCGGGAUGAAACAAGCAGCCCAGAGUUAUCUUCCGGCAACAAUGAGGAGAAAUCCAGCAGCAGCAGUGGACAGAGGACCCGCAAGAAAAGGUGUCCUUAUUCCAAAUAUCAGAUCAGAGAACUUGAACGAGAAUUCUUUUUCAGUGUGUACAUAAAUAAGGAGAAACGGCUGCAACUGUCUCGGAUGCUCAACCUCACCGACCGACAAGUAAAGAUUUGGUUUCAGAACCGUCGCAUGAAGGAGAAGAAACUGAACAGAGACAGAUUACAGUAUUAUACGUCUAAUCCUCUGCUUUAGUGGCCACAGCAGCACCGCCACAGCUCCAGCACUGCUCUGCUGUGGGCCUGGCUACGUUUACAGACUGGCUGACUCUCCCCGGCUGUGACUCGCCCAGUGUACAUUGUGUACCACAAUGGCCGCGACAGAUGUAACAACACAGCUCAAUGGUUAAUUUCAAGUUCGAGGACAACAGUACCCCGUGAUCUGAAAUACCUGAAGAGCGAGGCAUGAAUUAAGACAGUCUGUGGACUUUGAUUUCGCUCCUCAGACAUAGAAACUGAUUUUUGUCAUUGCCAAGACUGUGCUUGCGAAGGCCCAUGUUAAUAUUGUGAUUCACAGACGCCUUGUUUAUUUUUCUUUCACGCGGGCAACACAAAACUUUGCCACUAAUUAGUCACUAAUUGACUGGUCUAGUGUAUUUUGUAAUCAAAAGAUUUAUUUGACUUUUUUUUUUUUCUUUUUUCUGUUUUUAAAAUCAGAAAAAAAUGGUGGUUUUUAGGCUGAUGGCGAAUAUGUGACUUUAAUAGACUCGCCGAAUCUAUUGUAUAUUGGUGUGACCAAAUGAGUCCGAACGGAUGAGAAUCAUGUGUUUCUGUUUUGUGUGCUUAUUUAUUUUGUAGCCCACUCGAUUACUAUCCCCUUUUAAUGUCACGGCUAUCCAAGUCAAAGUCCAUUAUUAGCCCAGAGGCAGGCGAUUGGGAUUCUAAUGCUGAGUGUGAGCUGACCUCAAAACGAGCUUUUGUCGUUUUUCCAGUAGCCUGCAGAAUAAGGGCGGAGUAUUAUUUAUGUUUUUGCGUACCUGUCAACAGCCAAAUCCAGUUUGUCCUUUUUUUUUUUUCCUUUUUUUUUGAUUUUCGGAGACUAUCAGUUGAGCAUAAACAAUGCAGGCCAAACCAGAGAGAUAAGCUUGUCCAGUGGAUCCGUGUGGAGUUGCACUGAGGUACACGCCCAACGUAUAUUCACACAGGUAACCUACACAUGCAGCGGACCUCUUUGGUCGGACAUUGGAUUACAUUUUUUUUCUUCUCAUGAACCGUGAACCUUGGGUACUUUCAGUAUAAAAAAGAUAAACACAAAAUGCUGCAUUUUCAAGUGUGCUGUCAGGGCACGGCUGGUCAGGGCCAUCGCAUUGAAUCAAUUGCUUGGUUAUGCCCAAACUAUUGUGUAUUAUACUAUAUUUCCAAAUAAAAAAACUAAUGAAAAGAUUACUGAAAAACA